CAAGUGGGCUGGUCGUGCAGUCCCUGAACGCCACGCUACUUCCACCGCAAGUGUUUAGUGUGUGGAACGUGUCAAACCGGUCGUGUGGGUUAGCAAAGGCCGGGCAGGUAAGGUUGCGGGGGGAGGAGGAAGGGCGGGGUGCCGUGAAGCGUCUGAACAAGCAGGAAGAAGAAGGAAACAUGGUGCGGUGACACAGCGGCUGGACACCCACGGAGAGCUGGAUUCAUCAGUGUUUUAGGUUGCUUCCUUCCUUCAGCAAAGAACACGUUCUCUUACCUGUCUGAACAAGAGAAGAGACACCCCCCUCAUUCUCAGGUUUCACUGUCGUCACUACGAUACCUGCAGUUUCAAAAUGAGUAUGCGCCGUGUGGGCACCCACACAUCUGAGGGGCCCAACGAUGAGGUCAUGCCAUACAGUGAUGAUGAGACAGACGAUGAGCUGGCUGCCAGUACAGAAGACGAAGAAGAGGUGAUGCCAGGAGCCCCACAACCUCCUGUAGAUAUUAGACCUACUGAAAUUGGCUGGAAAGUGAAAGCCAAUGACCGAGCUUACCACAACUUGCCAGAAUUUAAAAAAAAAAAAUUCCUUUGCAUCAAGAAGAACAGAUACUCUGGGAAUGCCAUCAAGACGUACAAAUACAAUUUCUUCACAUUCAUUCCCCUAAACUUGAUUGAUCAGUUUAAGAGAGUUGCCAACAUCUACUUCCUGGCCCUGCUCAUCCUACAGCUUAUUCCAGCUAUUUCAACUCUGCCAUGGUACACCACUCUGAUUCCUCUGGUUGUGGUCCUGGGAGUAACUGCUAUCAAAGACCUGGUGGACGAUCUUGCUCGACAUAGGAUGGACAAGGCGAUUAAUAACAGAAAAUGUGAGGUCCUUCUCGAUGGCAGGUUUCAAGAGUCAAAGUGGAGACACAUCCAGGUUGGAGAUGUGGUGCGUCUAAAGAAAAAUGACUUCAUUCCGGCUGACCUGUUGCUGUUAUCUAGCUCAAACCCAAACAGCCUGUGCUAUGUUGAAACAGCAGAGCUUGAUGGAGAAACCAACCUGAAGUUCAAGAUGGGACUGAGAAUAACCGAUGAAAGACUACAAGAAGAACGUCAGUUGGCACAGUUUGAUGCGCUGAUUGAAUGCGAGGAACCCAACAACCGUCUGGAUAAGUUCACAGGGGUGAUGCAUUGGAAGGGUCAGCGCUAUCCCUUGGACCUGGACAACACGCUCCUCCGAGGUUGCAAGAUCAAAAAUACUGAAAUAUGUCACGGGCUCGUCAUCUUUGCAGGUGCUGACACAAAAAUCAUGAGAAAUGGUGGGAAGACAAGGUUCAAGAGGACAAAGAUUGACGAACUGAUGAACUAUAUGGUCUACACUAUCUUUGCCCUCCUGGUCCUGGCAGCAUCAGGACUUGCCAUUGGUCACAGCUUUUGGUAUGACGAAAUCGGGUCCAACGCCUGGUACCUUGACGAUGGUAGAAAUGAUAGUAGGUCCUACAGAGGAUUCCUUGCAUUCUGGGGUUACCUCAUUGUUCUGAACACCAUGGUGCCCAUUUCCCUCUAUGUCAGUGUGGAGGUGAUUCGUCUCGGCCAGAGUAAUUUCAUCAACUGGGACCUGCAGAUGUACUAUCCAGAAAAAGAUGCACCAGCAAAGGCUCGAACCACCACCCUGAAUGAGCAGCUUGGCCAGAUUGAAUACAUCUUCUCAGAUAAGACAGGAACACUGACACAAAACAUCAUGCAGUUCAAAAAGUGCACCAUUGCAGGACACAGCUAUGGUGAACCAACCACUGCUGAGGGAGUGACUUUGGAUCGCGGAAAGCCAGUGGACUGGAGCUGGAAUUCAGAUGCUGAUAAAAAGUUUCAGUUCAUGGACAAUUCACUGGUUGCCUGUUUGCGAUCCAAGAAAGACAAAGAUGCAAUGGACUUCUUCAGACUCCUCUCCCUUUGUCACACUGUCAUGGUGGAGAACAAGGAUGGGGAAUUGGUGUACCAAGCAGCAUCUCCAGAUGAGGGGGCACUUGUUACAGCAGCUCGGAACUUUGGCUUUGUGUUUGUUUCCCGAACUCAGGAUACCAUCACCAUCCGUGAGAUGGAACAAGAGAAAACCUAUGAGAUGUUGGCGUUGCUUGACUUCAACUCUGACCGCAAACGCAUGUCAAUCAUUUUGAAGUUUCCAGAUGGUCGUAUUCGUCUUUACUGCAAAGGAGCUGAUACAGUCAUUUACCAACGACUUUCACCCAAUUCCAAACACAAGGAGUCCACUCAGACAGCGCUAGAUAAAUUUGCCAGGGAGACCCUGCGAACACUGUGCUUAUGCUACAAAGACAUCACUAGUAGUGAGUAUGAAGCCUGGUCCAGGAAACACAUGGAGGCCCAGGUGACAAUGGUCAACAGAGACGCCGCCCUCGAUCAAGUUUAUGAGCAGAUUGAGAAAAACCUUAUGCUAAUUGGAGCGACAGCCAUUGAAGACAAACUACAGGAUGGAGUACCAGAAACAAUCGCCCAACUAGCCAAAGCUGAAAUCAAGAUAUGGGUCUUGACUGGAGAUAAGAAAGAAACGGCAGAGAACAUCGGAUUUUCAUGCUCUCUUUUGACAGAAGACAUGCAAAUUCACUAUGGAGAAGAUGUUAAUGAGAAGCUGAGCCUCCGUCAAGCUAAGAGGAGACAUGAGCCUAUUACUGACAGUCGCGGAAGAAAGAAACCUUCAGAGCCAUUUUUCCCUGAACCGGGCAAAAAUGCACUCAUUAUCACUGGUGGAUGGCUGAAUGAAAUUUUGUAUGAGAAGAAGAAGAAACGCCGCCGUUUACGUCUUCGUCGUCUGGGAAAGCGACCGCCUCCUAGCCCUCAGGAAGGACAGCCAAUGAACGAGUGGGAGAAGGAGAUGAGACAGAUUGAUUUCGUGAACAUGGCCUGCGAGUGUGAAUCUGUGAUUUGCUGUCGUGUCACACCAAAACAGAAAGCUAACGUGGUCACUUUGGUGAAGAAGUAUAAGAAGGCAGUGACAUUGUCCAUUGGAGACGGGGCCAAUGAUGUAAACAUGAUCAAGACCGCAGAUAUUGGUGUUGGCAUCAGUGGUCAAGAGGGGAUGCAGGCAGUAAUGUCCAGUGACUUCUCUUUCGCUCAGUUCCGUUACUUGCAACGACUUCUUCUAGUGCAUGGACGUUGGUCCUACAUUAGAAUGUGCAAGUUCCUUCGGUUCUUCUUCUUCAAGAACUUUGCCUUCACGUUGGUUCAUUUUUGGUACUCUUUCUUCAGCGGAUACUCGUCACAGGUUGCCUAUGAGGACUGGUUCAUCACGCUCUACAAUCUUUUCUACAGCAGCUUACCAGUUCUUCUAGUUGGACUCCUCGACCAGGACGUCAAUGACAGACUGAGUCUCAAAUUUCCCAAGUUAUACCUGCCCGGCCAGAAGGGCUUGUUGUUCAACUACAAGAAGUUCUUCAUCAGUUUGUUCCAUGGAAUCUUCGCAUCUCUCAUCAUCUUCUUCAUUCCUUACGGAGCAUUCCUGCAAACCAUGGGGCAAGAUGGAGAAGCCCCCUCAGAUUACCAGUCUUUCGCUGUUGUCACUGCCUCAUCACUGGUUUUUACUGUCAAUUUACAGAUAUCCCUGGAUACCUCCUACUGGACCUUUGUCAACUGUUUUGCCGUUUUAGGAAGCAUAGCCAUCUACUUUGGGAUCAUGUUUGAUUUGCACAGUGCGGGAAUUCACGUCCUCUUCCCCCGAGAAUUCACCUUCACUGGUGCUGCAUCCAAUGCUCUCCGUCAGCCUUAUUUGUGGUUAACCAUAAUCCUCACAGUAGGCAUCAGCCUGUUGCCGGUCAUUUGUAUCCAAUUUCUCCAUAAAAUCAUCUGGCCUUCUGUGGGUGAUAAGGUCCAGAGAAACAGAAAGAGGUAUGAGUUGGAAAUGCAACAGGAGGCAAAAAAGAAAACACCAGGCUUCCAACGUGGUGGGCUUUCCCGCCGCUCCGGCUAUGCCUUCUCUCACUCUCGAGGCUAUGCAGACCUCAUCGCGUCUGGACGGAGCAUUCGGAGGCGCCCUACGUCCCGUGUUGGGCCUCAGAGCAGCAUCAGGGAGGUCCCCGAAAGAGCUGAGAACAUCUGACGCUUGCAGAACCUAGAGACCAAUGGAAACUGACACUGUGCCGGGAUUCCCUUGGCUGGAAUCACCAUUUAAGAUUCAGUCACAACACUGUUGAGAUGGUCAAGGUUUUUCGUUAACUCAGGAUGAGAAAUGACAUUAUCAAAGUUGAGAAGAUAUUUUUGGAUGAGAAAGUGCUGUUGAAAGUGACACAGGAACUGAGGCACCUAUUCGUCCUCUAUGCACAGACUCUAUUAUGCAAAACCAAAAAGAAACUGAUAUUUUUGUUCAUGCACUGACAGUGUGACUGUAUUUAACUCAGGAUUUUAAAACAAAAAGCUUUAUUCUUAAAAGGUUUGUUGACCCCACUAAGCACACCUUUCCCACUAGUCAUCACUACUCAACUACUAACAGGUACAAUAUGUCUAUUGAGCACUUGAAAUUAGUAUUUUGUCUUGAAUUUUAUAUCAUGAUAAAAUUCAUCUAUUUUGUCUGUUGAAAUUCAGAAAGGCCCUCAUGUUUUUACACUUUUAAUAUUUUAUCAUGAAUAAAGGAGGCAUGUUACGAUUUCAGGGUAUGCUAGGGAAUUCACCGUUUGUCUCAAUUUAAUUUGUGAUGGGAACAACGUUUUUCCUCAACUGAAUCAAAUGGCUGUAAUUGCUCUUGCUCUCAUUUUUUUUCCUCAUUUAUUUAAUCCAAAAUCUUUUAAAUUCAGUUUAAUCCAGUCUUUUAAAUCCAUUUUUCAACAUAAAUAGGUUACCUUAAUAAUAUCCGCUCCCCAUUGUCGUGAUGCAAAAAACAUUUUAUUAUUGUAUUUUUUUUUUUUUUUUUUUUUUGCAUUUGUGGGCAUAUAAAUAUACACAUGUUGGUUUACAUUAAAAUGUUAAUUUCCAUAGUACUGCAGUUUAUUUAAGGUUUCCAUUACACACUUUAAGCCAAAAUGAAAUGGAGACAGGUGUUUUCUGUUACUCUAUGCUUUUAUUGAUUAAUGAAUGGAGUAAAUUGACCUGGAAAAGCUGAUGCAGUAGUUGAGCUAAUAUUUUAUGACUGUACAUUUUGUUGUUAAUAAAAGCCAUGGGUAUAUGUAUUAAUCUCAGCACUUUUAAUAUGCAAAAUAUAUAGAUUUGUAUUACAUUUCCUUUCAUUCAUCAUCUGCACCCUAACACAUAUCCUCAAGACUAUGGGCAAGAGCAGAGGUACACUCUGAACUGAAAGCUAGCCAAGCACAGGCCACAAACGACUAUUUCUUACAAUCACACCCACGGACGAUUUAGAAGUAAUUUUAGUCAAAUACAACAAAAUAGCUAUGUCAAAACAUUUUCAUCAGGAAUCCAACAAAAAUUCUCUCCUCAGCGAUUGUUUAUAGCAAGUGUAUCCGUGAAUACAGCAGCUCUCAAAUAUGAGUAUUCAAAGCCAAUCCUCCCAGUUUUUUUUAACUGGACUUCUAUUUAGUUAAUGGCAGGCAGUGAGUUACAUUGUCCCAAGAAUUUUGGAAUAUAUGAUGUUGCUGAAUUAAUUUACAGAAAUGUUGCACUGAGUAUGUGAACGAUUGUCCAUGAUUCCAAAAGAAUUAAUUGUUCCAUUUUGAAAUAGCUUUAUUCUGAAAAUUAUAUCCUAGAAUCAAUGGCGUAGGUUUGGUCUCAAGUUGGAUAGGGACAAUAUAACAGCAUAAACCUGCAUAUACACUUUUUGCUGGGGACGGGACAUUAGUACGACCAGAUUAUUGAACGGUGGUUAGGGCCGAAUAUGUACCUAAUUAAUUGAUGGGCGAAAUGAUCAAAGCAAAAUAAAUCUCUAUUAUACUUUUAUGUGUAUUGGUUCAUGUAAUAUGACGUUAGAUUAAAACCUUUGUUUUCAACAACUAUUAAACAUUUUCAAGUCCCUUUAUUUAAAAAAAAAAACAAAAAAACUGGGAGCUAUCCAAGAAUGAGUCCACUUCUGAGGGGACACUGGAGCACCCUAUUACUCAAAGUAUUGUAAUAUAAAAGUGAUUUGGGGAAAAAAAAAAAAAAAAAUUCUGAGCUAUCCGAGGACCGAAUCACAUCAGAGGCAAAGAAAAAUGUAGCCCUGACCCCCGUUCACCCAAUCUGUUUGGUUUUAUUAAUGUCCCGUCCCCAGGAAAAAGUAUACAUGCAGUUUAUGCUGUUACAUCAUCCCUACCAAUGUUCCGGGGCAAGACAUUCUAGCAACCUUCACCCCUGAUGGUGUGCCAGUCACAUAACUAAAAUAUCGCUACCUUUUAUCACCAUUCUUCUCAUGCUCCACUCUACGAAAGUAAUAAUACCACCUGUCAAGUUGUACGGUUUUGGCAUAAUUUGUACAACUGAGCACUGAUUUUUAAAUGUGUACGCCGUACGUUCAAAAUCUGUACAUUUUUCGUGCAUUACGUUUUUUUUUCUCCGUUCGGAUUUUGUCACCGUUUUGGCAACGAGAAAAUAUGCGUUACUAUGCGUUACUACGUUGGUUGAAUGACGUGAGAAAAGCCAGAGACACAGCAAAAGAAGAGUGGGAGUGGGAAUGAGGGAGUUGUGGCGCCAUUGCAAACGCGAUGCUAGGUUAGGUGGCUCCAAUAAUACCUGACUGUAGCUGACAGCCUACAAACUACGCCCAUAUGAUGCUACUCUACAUGCAAACUGAUACACUUGCUGGCGUUGGUAAACAGCCCCCAUCUUAAAGCAGUAGACUUCUCAGAAAGGCUCUGUUGUAGUCAGGCCCAGGCCAUUUGGGGGCCCUAAGCAAAAUAAUGCAAAGGGGCCCAUAUUUUUGGCCCACCAUUUCGUCACGGUGUACUGUGAUACCCAUACAUGCAAUCCAACCCAUAUGUCCAUAUUUUGUAUAUUAAUCAGAUUUUGUUGCACUGCAGACUUCAAACUUCUCACCCAAAUGAUUGUCAGUACUUACAGUAGAUAGCGCCAAACCUUUUUCUAAAACAGGAAAGAAAAAUGUUAAGGAAGAACUUUUAUUUUUUUAAGCUUGUUAUCAAGUAUCAAAACUCACAAAAGUCAAAUAAAGCAAACUAGUAAACAAAAUAGAAUAUAAAUUAAACAAUUGCCAGAUUGGGGGGGCCCCUAGUGGUCAGGGGCCCUAAGCAGCUGCAUAGUCUGCGUAUAGGCUGGUUGUAGUGAACCUUCCUAGUGAACCUAAGUAACCUUUUAUCUGAAAUACUCCUAAAUCGGCAAAAUCUUGACUUGAAUCGAUCUUUAACUGAUAAAACGGUUUUAAAACUUUCACGUCGAAAAUAGACAGAAGGGAACAAUGAAAAAACGGGAGCAAUUUUAUCAACUUUGACGGUUGAUUGACAACAUUAAAUGACUUCCAAACAUAGCAAAGGUUAGUUGUUUUUUU